AUGCCGUUGGCAUACAUCGCUGGAAUCCUGGAAGGUAACCCCGAUAUCAAGGUUCACUGGGAAAGAGAAAAGAACGGAAAGACAGUUGUCAUUAGCGCUGCGGAAGCUCUGGAUGUUGCUAGACUUAAGCCGAUUGUUUUGGGACCCAAGGAAGGGUUAGGUCUUCUCAAUGGUGCUGCUGCGUCCGCAGCAGUAGCAAGCAUAGCCAUAUAUAACACCAACCAGCUGGCUAUCCUCUGCCAGUCCAUUGUAGGUAUAUCAUACGAGGCGCUCCUAAGGAAUACAGAGAACUACUAUCACUUUGUUGCCGCCAUUCGCCCCCACAGCGGCCAGCUCGAAAUUACUCGGAACAUUCGUCAUUUCGUGCGUGGUUCGUCCCUACUAGAGACGUCCGAGACCAAGAAUCGCACCUGUACCGGUUUGUUUCAGGACCGUUACGCGCUCCGAGGUGCAUCGCAAUAG